AUGGCUACCCCGUCACUCCCCUUCACAACUCGAGUCCUUAGGCCACAGGAUGAGCAUCGCGCCAUCAACGAUGCGAUAGAUUUCAGCCCCUUGCUUCCGGCAUCCUACCGUACGAAUGGGGACCAAAUAACCGUCCCAAACCUAGAGUCAGACUUCCUUGCGCGGGAAUUCCUCGUGGAGAGAUUGAACGCCGUCCAGGAUUGGCUUUGGAGAACUAACCACCCACCAGACCACCAAAUCCUCAUCUCCCGCGAACUCGUCGUCACCGAGAACCCCGAGCUGCACCUCGUGUGGAACAAGAACCGGAUCUUCCUGAAGCCCAUCCCGCCCUACCUGCUUGACCCCGAGUUCUGGGCUUCCCACAUCCUCCCCUCCCCCAACCCCAAGCUCGCCUCCUGCGCACGGGGGUUCCUCUUCUCGUACACGGCGCUCAUCUCCUACGAGAGCGACUUCCGACUGGCCCUUGAAAGGGGCCUCAUCCCGCACGAGGUGACGUGGGCGGCGUGGCAGACGCUCGCGCGCGAGAUCCUGACGCACCACGCCUACGCGGCGAUCAACCCGCGCUACUGGUACGGCGAGCUAAGACUAAGCCGGCUCAACAAGAUAUACCGCGUGCGGAAAGGGUUCGUGCUGCGCGGGUACUCGUCGGUCGCGGCGCACGCCGUCUACGUCGACCUGAUCCGCGACAACUUCGGCACGCUGGCCACGAUACUGGGGUACGUCGUCAUUGUGCUCACGGCGAUGCAGGUCGGGUUGGGGGUGGAGCGCCUGCAGGAGGACGAGGCGUUCCAGAGCGUGAGUUACGGGUUCACGGUGUUUUCGAUCAUCGCGCCGCUGGUCGCGGGGAUGGGGAUUAUAUUGGCGGUGCUGGUGAUGUUUGUAAGUAAUUGGUUGGUCACGAAGGACUACGAGGGGAAGAGGUUUCGGGAGAUGGGCGUCGAGGCGUUUUGGAGGAAAAAGGGGGAGGGGAAGGGGAAGGGGAAGACGGACGUGCCAUCCUUGUCGGGCAAGGACAGCCGGUCAAAUUCGAACGAGCGGGAUGUUUGA